GAUUCAGAUCUUAUCUUUGGUAGACAAAUGAAAACAACGCAUUACCGUUUAGUUUACCUACGUGAAUGGCAGAACAAUAAGAUGAAGUGCGCUUUUGUGCUUGGUGUGCUAUUCGCCGUAGUCUACGUGAAAAUCGUGUACAAAAGUACUAAUAACGUUUGCAAAACCUUUAGUGACUAUUAUACUGAUCGGGAUCAAAAUGAAAACUGUUACCACAAUCCGGAUGAAUUUCUUUCAGUCCCCGGUAUUAUUUUGAGGAACGGUUAUCCACUCGAAACGCACACCGUCACAACGGACGAUGGAUAUAUAUUAACCUUAUUCCGUAUACCUUGGGGAAAGCGGACAACUCUACGGAAGAUCGGCAAACCGGUAUUUAUUCAACAUGGUUUCGGAUCAAACAGCGCAUGUUUCGUGAACCGACGUGAGAAAUCCCUAGCAUUUAUUCUGGCCGAUCAGGGUUUCGACGUUUGGCUGGGGAACUUUAGAGGAACGACGUAUUCUAAAAACCACACGACUCUAGAUGACUCCGACUACACGUUUUGGAAUUUCACUGUCCACGAGAACGGCGUGUUUGAUUUACGAGCCCAGAUCACGCACGUCCGACACGUCACCCAGCAAGGAAUCGUGUACAUCGGAUACUCAAUGGGUACCAUGGCAAUGUAUGUGUAUGGAGCGACCUAUCCUGACUUAAGCUCACAGCAAGUAGAUUUCUUUAUCAAUCUCGCACCGUUAGCCUAUUUGAAUGGAACCAGGAGUGCGCUUAGGGUUCUCUUUCCUUAUUGGUGGCUUGUUAAGCCUUUAGUUGAUUUUGUAACAGGCGGACGUUUUUUUGUUAGAGUUUUACCACGUGAUUUACUAUCUGUGGCAUGUUAUCCAUUACCAAUCCAAAUGAAGAUGUGUCAGAUACCUGAAUUGGUUUUAGCUGGAUUCAGCUACCACCAUAGCGACCCGGAAACUCUACCAAUUUCGUUAUUGCAAACUGCUGAUCUAAUUUCAAGCAAAACUCUAUCGCAUUUGAUCCAACUUUAUUCCUCGGGAAAAUUCCAGAGCUACGACUAUGGCGCUUACGAAAAUGAAAUGAAGUACAACCAACCUGAACCACCAUCGUACGAUUUAAGUAAAAUGAAAAUACCAACUUAUUUCAUAAGGGCCGAAAACGAUAUGGUAAUAACAAAGGAGAACGUCGAAUACUUGUACAACUCUCUGCCCGCAGAAGUUAGACCUGACUACAUACACGUAAUUAGAGAUGAAUAUUUUAACCAUUCUGAUUUCUUGACGGCAAAUAACGUUGUCGCAUUGUUGUAUAACCAUAUUGUAAAAAUAUUAAAAGAUCGUGGAUUGUAAAGUGAGAAUAAAGUAUUACUUAUGUUAA